AGAACAAUAUUGAUUCUUCUAAUAGCAUUUAUAACAGCUAUUUGGUCAUGGUACAAAAAUGUACCGUUGAACCAACAAUGUUCAGGUUUUGUGCUAAAAAUGUUAGAGAACUAGAAAAAGCUAAAAGCAAAUUUUGCUAUCCAUAGGCCUAGUAUAACCCAUAUAUUACUAUAUUAGGCCCAAGAUUGCUUAGACGGGUUAUAUCCUUUAGUAAUUUAUCAAUUUUUAGCAUGUCAUUUGGGCUCAUUUAUCAAUACAAAAUGAACAUUUUGGGGCCGCAACAGUUCAUUUUUGUACGUGUGAUCAAACGCUUGUUUCCAUCUCUACUAUGUUAGAAUGAUGGGCUAUGCGCUUAUUUUAUUUAUAACUACAGUAUAUAUAUUGUUGAAUAAACUUGUAUACCAAAACUUAUUUUUGAGAUGCUUAUAAACUGGCUUCCUAAAGUCAAAAUUGUGUGUGUACCUCCUGAAAGUAACGGAAGCCUCAGUUUUCAUAGGACCUAAAAUAUAUAAAUAAAACACAUACAAUUAAACCUGGUGCUUGUGGUCACAUGUGGAAACCCGGAAACUAUAGCCUACAAUUUCAUAUUUAGAUUCCAGGAAAAUAUUGACUAGGAAAAUUCAUUACUAUAGGCUGAAGUGGAGAAUUAAGAGAAAAAUUGAGAUAUAUAUAUAAUAUAUACUGCUGAAUUACAAGGAAGCAAAGUUAGGCUAGCAGUAACCAGUAAGAAUCGAGGCAAACAGGAUUAGACGAAGAACCUGGGAGAGGAAGCGAGGCAGCAGGAGAACGUGUAGCAGCAGCCUAGGGCAUCAUGCCUCAUAACCAGGCCUAUGUACGGGAUGAAGCACCUGAUCUUCCCACCCAGCAUCAGGAGAACGGCCUGGAGAAUGGCUUCGUGGUGUCCAUGGUCCCCAUCCCGCCAGAGGAGCUGCCGGAGGACACCUCGCAUCCAGCAGAAGCGACGUCAACACAGCCAGCAGGAGCGACGUCAACACAUCCAGCAGAAGCGACGUCAACACAUCCAGCAGGAGCGAUGUCAACACAGCCAGCAGGAGCGACGUCAACACAGCCAGCAGGAGCGAUGUCAGUGUACCCGGAGGUGCAGACAGCGACACAGCCGGACGCGUGUACGAACGAACUGCUGUACAAGGUUGACGACGUUCCUCCCUGGUACAUGUGCAUCUUUCUCGGCCUCCAGCACUACUUGACAAUGGUCGGGGCCACCAUCACCAUCCCCUUCAUCCUCACUCCCCUCAUGUGCAUCGAUGACAAUGACCCCGUCCGGGGCAAGAUAGUCUCAAGCAUCGUCUUCGUCUCUGGCUUGGUCACUCUCCUUCAAGCCACCUUUGGCGUCAGGCUGCCCAUCGUGCAAGGCGGGACCUUCAGCUUCCUGGUGCCGACCAUCGCCAUCCUCACCACCAGCUUCGACACGUGCGACCUCCUCCCUCUCCACAACAUGACUGCCGUCGGGCGGGAGGAGGUGUGGCAGGUGCGCAUGCGCGAGGUCCAGGGCGCCAUCGCUGUCUCCGCCAUCUUCCAGGUUCUCGUUGGCUUCACAGGCGUGAUGGGCGUCCUGCUGACGUGGAUCACGCCGCUGACCGUGGUGCCCACCGUGACGCUGGUCGGCCUCUCCCUCUUUGACGUGGCCGCCAAGAAGGCGGCGCUCCACUGGGGGAUCUCCUUCAUGACCAUGGCCAUGAUGAUAGUGUUCUCCCAGUACCUGAGGAACGUCGCCUUCCCGCUCCCGACCUACACCAAGAACUCUGGCUUCGCCCUCUCUAAACUACAGAUAUUCAAGCUCUUUCCGGUGCUGCUGGCCAUGUGCUUCUCCUGGGGGUUCUGUGCGGUGCUGACGGCUGCCGGGGUCUUCCCCGAGGGCAACAAGGCCAGAACUGACCUCACUACGGACCUCCUCGACGGCUCCCCGUGGUUCAGGAUCCCAUACCCUUGUCAGUGGGGGGUGCCAACGGUGACAGUGUCGGGAGUGUUCGGGAUGCUGGCCGGCGUCCUCGCCUCCAUGAUUGAGAGCGUCGGCGACUACUACGCAUGCGCCAGAAUUUCAGGAGCGCCGCCGCCGCCGACCCACGCCAUCAACCGGGGUAUAGGCACAGAGGGCCUCGGGUGCAUCCUGGCGGGGCUCUGGGGCACCGGUAACGGCACCACCUCCUACUCUGAGAACAUUGGCGCCAUCGGCGUCACCAAGGUGGGGAGCCGCCGUGUGGUCCAGUUCGGGGCGGUGAUAAUGCUCUUGCUGGGGAUGCUGGGCAAGUUUGGGGCGCUGUUCGUGACCAUCCCGGAGCCUGUGAUCGGCGGAGUGUUCUGCGUCAUGUUCUCCAUGAUCACGGCCGUCGGCCUCUCCACCCUCCAGUACGUCGACCUCAACUCCUCCAGGAACCUCUUUGUUCUCGGCUUCUCCAUUUUCUUCGGCCUGGCGCUCCCCAAGUGGAUGGAGAGCAACCCUGGCGUGGUGCAGACGGGGAGCCUCAUACUGGACCAGAUCCUGACGGUGCUCCUCCAGACCUCCAUGUUCGUGGGCGGCCUCCUGGGCCUCCUCCUUGAUAACACUAUUCCAGGAUCUGAGGAGGAGCGCGGCCUCCUCAAGUGGAACGCUCAUCUCCUCGACCCGGCCAUGGAGGAGGAGAAGACGUCUGCUCGCUCCAGGUGCUAUGAUCUCCCCGUCGGUAUGGACACCAUCAGGAGGUGGUCGUGGUGCAGGUACAUCCCCGUCUCACCCACCUUCGUCGGCUUCGUACGCAAGCGGGUGUGACGUAGUACAUCCAAUAUGGCGCUGUACAUGUACAGAAAAUACAUAACAAUUAUAUGUAGAUAUAUUACCUUAAUAACAGGACGCUUGGUGUUUAAUGUGACAAUGUGCAAGACUGUGAUGAUUAACCUGACAAUGUGCAAGAGUCUUUGAUCAUUAACCUGACAAUGUGCAAGAUUCUCCUAUGAAUAAGUUAGCAAUGUUCAAAAUUUUAUAAUGAUUUAUCUGACACUGUGCAAGAUCCUGUCAUGACAUGGGAAUGGAACCUGCUGGAAUGUUGGCUGAUAAAUUCAAUCAUAGGAAGUCAAAGGUGGGCAGCCGGUCCUCAAAGGUGGGCAGCCGGUCCUCAAAGGUGGGCAGCCGGUCCUCAAAGGUGGGCGAUCGGUCCUCAAAGGUGGGCAGCCGGUCCUCAAAGGUGGGCAGCCGGUCCUCAAAGGUGGGCAGCCGGUCCUCAAAGGUGGGCGAUCGGUCCUCAAAGGUGGGCAGCCGGUCCUCAAAGGUGGGCAGCCGGUCCUCAAAGGUGGGCAGCCGUUCCUUAUGGAAGUUAGGAACUGGGCCAGAUUCACAAAGCAGUGGCCCUUGGACCGCCUCGGUCCUUGUAUUAAAUAUAAGAGAAAUAUAUAAUUGAAGCAUGCAAAUGAAGACAGUAAAUCAUUAAUAUCUAAUUUAUUGAAUUAAAGUUAAUUUAAAAAUAAUACAAUACAAAAUUAAUAUAAUGAAACUAGGACAAUUUACGGUACGUUGAAUUGCUCAGUUUCCCUAGUGACUAAGGUGGGCAAGCCGCCGUGGAGGACAAGUACAGAUCGGCAUUUCAAGAUGGCUGCCGCUGAGCUGAAAUCAUCUGGAGUAAAUGGUUCCACAGAGAUUGUACAGAACUGACACUGAUUUAGAAUAAUUGUUUGGUGCAUAAUUUAUUCCUAUAGAAAAUUGGAAAUACAGACGUUAGUAUUUGUAACAGCCUAACGCGCAGCUCUUUUUUUUUCUAGUGUUCAAAUUAGAAAAAUGGUCUAGAAUCGUCGGACCGGCGGGAAUUGCUUUACAAUAGACCGUUGGUCCCUGAUUUGGUCCUGUCUAGAAAGAAAAGGACCGACUUUUCCCGGUUACGGUCCUAAUAAAAGUAGGUGAGACAUAGUUGUAUGUA